CGGCCGGGCCGAGGGGGAGGAGCCGCGGGCCAUGGCGGGGAGCGGCUGACGGCCCUGAGCGGCGGUCACAUGUUAUUCCUUAGUACUUUGUCCAAAAGGAAGAAAUAGCCACUAACAGGAGCAGCAGAGCAGAUUGCCUCUCCUCCAGUCUGGUUAUGCAGUAACAAUGGAGACUUCUGAUGAAGAAAACUUCAGUGUAGCCAUCUCCUCCCCUUCUGACGCAGAGUUUGAUGCAGUUGUUGGGUAUCUGGAAGAUAUCAUCAUGGAUGAUGAUUUCCAGUUAAUACAGAGGACUUUUAUGGAGAAGCACUACCAGGAGUUUGAUGACUCAGAAGAAAACAAGCUUGUCUAUACAUCUAUUUUUAAUGAAUAUAUCUCUUUAGUAGAGAAAUACAUUGAAGAAAAGUUGCUUGAUCGAAUUCCCGGUUUUAAUAUGACUGCUUUCACAAUGUCAUUGCAACAGCGUAAAGAUGAAAUGGCAGGUGAUAUAUUUGAUAUGCUUCUCACAUUUACUGACUUUCUGGCUUUCAAAGAAAUGUUCUUGGAUUACAGAGCUGAAAAAGAAGGUCGAAGCCUGGAUUUAAGCAGCGGGUUAGUGGUGACUUCAUUAAAUAAAUCAUCAAUAUCCUCCUCCUAGAACAGUUUAUGUACUACUUUCCUUCUCCAGAUGAGUGCUGCUGCUUUCAUGUGGACAUUAAAACACUAAGGGUCGUGGCAGUCAGGGUGCUUCUACACGACGAAAACUCAUUCACCCUCCUGCCUAUACCUUCAGAGGCCCGAUCCUAAAAACAUCUGUUUGUGAAUUCUGGUUGGUAUUCAGUGACCACAGAAGAAGACAAUUUCACCUCUACCAGAGUAAUUGUUUUUAAUAAAUACACAGUAUUUGUACACCAGGCUAACCGUGGCGUGUGCUGAGAAGCCCAGCACACUGUGAGGACAACGAAUAGGCCUGUGCGUGUGUUAUUUGGGUUGGCAUCUUCACCAUCUCCCCAAAAUGUAGAACUCGGAAUCAAGAAGGCAGUGCAGAAAGAGUACAUCCCUCCAGCUCUUGGAAGGACAGGUGCAAAUACAUAACCUCUGAGUUCCUCCCCAUCAAUGUCUUGUUGUUUUGGGGUUUUUUUAAAUACUUUAAUAUGAUCUUCAGUCCUACAGCUUUCUAAUGGAAGAAUGUGUUUUAAUAUGUAGAUAUUCUAGCGUAAGACUCUUUCAUCUCUGACAGUUGGUAUGUUGUUGUGUAAAUCUGUCUGCUCUCUGGCUUUAUAAGUCUUAUCCUUAAUAGGCAAAGUUCUCCGAAUCACUUUUGUUUGGACCCCAGCUAUCCUACAUUGGAAAAAACAACCACGAUAAACCAAAAUCUGGUCUAUGUAA